AUGUCCAAGCCUACAGGAAGAGCGCGCCGCGCCCUCUCCUCCGUAGCCGAUACCCUCUUUCCAGGCUCCCGAUACCCCGACCCGCGCGUAACCCACCCGUCGGCCAAAACAGGAGCCGAUGAACUGGUCAUCAAAAUGCACUCCUUGAUCAGCCUAAGUAAUUUUCAAGAGACGGAAUACUGGAAUACGGAUUUCAAAGGUACGAAAGAAGAGCUGAUGACCAAGUCUUAUUAUACGGAGCCGUAUAUCGAUCCUGAUAUCGAGAUCCUCGAGGAGGCUCCCACAUCAGUCAAUGAGAAGACGCAAUCUCAACAGGCAGGGACAUCAGCGAGCGGUGGUGCCACCGACAUUCUACCGAUCUCUACCGACCCUUCGAACGCCACAGGCCCCCCUCGCUCGAGAUUCGAAGGCGAACCGUUAGUCCCUACACAAUACCACAACCCCCACCUGGACUACCACGACCCCUGGCCCCGAUUCCCGCUUACCCUCGCCGCCCGUUCCGUCGGCGCAGAUCGUCAUCACAUGUUUCCCCGCUCAGCUCUCUCCUUUGACGUCUUUGACAUGGCGAAUUCGAGGAUCCCUACAGACCCUGAGGUGGAGGAGGACUGGGUGCUGAAAGUGAAAAGUAAUGUGAUCAUACCGGGUACGUUGAGGAGCGUUUUUGAUGUCAAGGAAGCGUCGUAUUUUGAGGGGCUGCAGGAUGCGGGGGAGAGGUGGAAGCUGGAUAGGGUUAAGUGGGUGGGGCAUGGGAGUAGUAUGGGUAGGGAUAAUGUGGUGGGCUGCUGGUAUAGUCCAUCGGAGAGUGAUUGGGUGUUCAAACGUAUGGAAUGA